CUGAACUGCAUCCUAUUCUAGUAGGAGCUGUGCGGGUUUUCGGUUUCAUUCACGGCUCCUCUUCAUCGCAACGGUGCAUUCGAGUCUUUCGUCUCGUUGUCGGACCGGCACAGCAGGUUGCUCACAUUUGCAGUUUUGCGAGCCUCUGACCGAAAAUGCUGUCACUGCGGAAUGGUUCGAGCACCCUUAAUGAUGCUAUUUUAAGGGUUGUAAGACACAACUUCCUUGCCGUUCGACUGCAGUCGCACAUUAGCGUGGCUCCGGAGGUUGCACUGGAAGAAAUUAUUUCUGAACGGUCUUCAUCUGUGAAACCGUAUUCCGAGGUGCCUGGACCACGACCGCUGCCUUUGAUAGGCAAUACGUGGCGCGUUCUUCCCUACAUAGGACAAUACGCUGUGUCGGAUUUGGCCAGAGUUUCCAAAAUAUUUAACGAAAAAUAUGGAAAAGUGGUCAAACUGAGCGGACUGGUAGGGCGGCCGGAUCUACUAUUUGUUUUCGACUGCGACGAAAUCGAAAAGGUCUACCGGCAAGAGGGUCCCACACCUUACCGACCUUCGAUGCCUUGCCUGGUUCAGUACAAGAGCAAAGUACGACGUGACUUUUUCGGAGACUUGCCUGGCGUCGUUGGCGUGCACGGAGAGCCGUGGCGCGAAUUCAGGACGAAAGUUCAGAAGCCAAUUUUGCAGCCGAAAAUCGUGAAGCAGUAUAUCAAGCCAAUCGAGCAGGUGACGGACGAUUUCAUUAACAGAAUGUUGACUUUGAGAGACACCAACCUGGAGCUGCCGGGAGACUUUGACAAUGAAAUCCACAAGUGGUCUCUAGAAUGCAUUGGCAGAGUCGCCCUCGACGUGCGACUCGGCUGUCUCGACGCCCGCAAUUCCGGUGAAAACUCGGAGCCGCAGAAAAUUAUAGACGCGGCCAAAUUUGCAUUGCGGAACGUGGCUGUCCUGGAGCUGAAAAUGCCCUUCUGGAGGUACCUGCCGGCGUCGGCCCUCUGGAACAGAUACGUCAAAAACAUGGACUUCUUCAGAGAAGUUUGCAUGAAGUAUAUUGAUGAAGCGAUGGAACGCCUUCGCAACAAAGACCCUGACAAUCCCAACAAUGAGUUGUCGCUGGUCGAGAGAAUUCUGGCCGACGAGCCCGACCCGAAGACGGCCUACAUUUUGGCCCUGGACCUCAUUCUCGUCGGAAUAGACACGAUUUCCAUGGCCGUAGCUUCGAUUCUCUACCAAGUGGCAACACGACCUGAGGAGCAGGAAAAGCUCUACCAAGAGGUGAAAAAGGUCCUGCCCGAUAAAAAUGCAACUCUCACGGCGCAAGACUUGGAAAAUAUGCCUUACCAGAGAGCUUUUGUAAAAGAGGUUUUGAGAAAAUAUUCCACUGUUAUUGGAAAUGGCAGAACUUUAAUGAAGGACAUGGUUAUUGGGGGUUACCACAUACCAAAGGGGGUCCAACUUGUUUUUCCGACAAUUGUGACGGGCAACAUGGAAGAAUACGUGAGCGACGCGUCUUCGUUCAAGCCAGAGCGAUGGCUCAAUAAACAGCAGUGCCCUGUCCACACCGACAAAAUUCACCCCUUCGCCUCCCUUCCCUACGGAUACGGCGCCAGAAUGUGCCUAGGCAGGAGAUUCGCCGAUUUGGAGAUUCAGGUGCUUCUAGCCAAGCUGCUUCGCUCUUAUAAAUUGGAAUUCAAUCAUGACCCACUGGACUACCAAGUGACAUUCAUGUACGCUCCUGAUGGCAAACUGCAAUUCAAGAUGACUGAGAGAAACGAUUAAUUGCUGAAAUUUUUAUGUAAAUACUUAUAUUUUUAAUGCAAUAAAUAUCACGCAAUAAUCACAAUAAUU